CCAUUUGUUUUCCAGUGAUGGCAAGAAUCCACGAAAGACUUUUUUUUUACGAAUCGGAGUUUGAAGAAGGGGAAGAAGAAGGAGCCCUCGACCCGCAACAGAUAGAGGAGGAUUUAUUAGCCCCGCAUGGGAUCUACAUCCCCACCUCUGACACAACGGGUCAAUGGACUAAUAUAAUAAAACUCGCUUCGGUCUUAUGUGGAGAGUUUAUGACCUUGUCGCACUCAAAGGAGUGUCUUUCAGGAUUCCAAUUCUUGAAGGGAACCAGGUCUUGAAGAUCUGUCGUUAAGUCCGGCUUGCAGAACCGUCUUUCGGAUAACUGUUAGUGUUAGUCGGUUAGCUCCUUUUUUUCAGUUGCUGUAGUUGGUAGUAGCGAUAAGCACUUCCCUCAGAAUUCGUCGAACUCGAAAUAAGAGGCUUUGCCUUGGUCUUUAUUGCGCACUAGUCGGGCGGUGUGAAUGAGAAAGUGUUAAGUGAGUUUUUCUGGAAUAGAUGAUUUGCCGCAUCGUAGUUUAUCAAAACGCUUUCAAAUAUCUUCAGAAAGAACAUCCGUAUCAUCCGCUUCAGCUUCUUUCUCGCCGAUCACGAUUUUCCUACCUCCAGAGGGAAAGGUCCUUCCCUUUUUGGCCGGUUGUGGGCGAGGAGGGAUUCCAAUAAUAAAUCACUUAAUCUGCAGCCCAUGUUGAAAAACCUCUUACUUGUACGAGCUAUGGUCUUCCUCCAGUAUAUCACUGGCAGUCCCUCGUGAGUGCGGCACGCACCUUUUUCUUUCUUUCGGAGCCCUUUUGGCGGGGCGUACUAAACCCACUACGUACCGCACCACCUAUAGGUUCGCUCGACCGAUAGGGAGAGGUAGAAAAUAUGUGAGACCGAUAGGUAGAGGUUCUAUACCCCGAGGUGACGUGUGCUGGGGCGAGAGUUAGUGUGCAGUUCUUUAUACCGGGGUUACGUGUAUAGGGUAGGAAAGGGGGAAGAUUCCGGCUUUACGAGUGCAGAACCCUUUCCUGUGGAUGAUAAAGUCCCAAGACUGAGUGAUGCUUACCAUUUUGUACACCCCACGCGAGCCUCUAUUUAGCCAGACCUUGUCUUUGAGUGCCGGGCCUUAUGUCAUUUUAAACAGGUUGAAUUCCGGGGAAUGGAUAACAAAUGACAUCCGCGAAGUGAUACGCUUUGGAUUGCUGGGCGGCGGCAAUGACGUGGCGACAGUGCGCAGGCUUAUCCGUAAUUACGUUGAAGAGCGACCCCCCCUCGAAACAUUAUUCAUAGCACGGGCUGUUUUAACGGCCUACGCCUUUUCUCAGUUUGGAUAUCGUAUUUGACUUUUGACCUGGGUUCGGUUAAAUGGACGUCACUUUGGGACACAUGCAGAUAGCCGCCCCGCGUGGCUAAAAGUUCUUUCCAUGACUCCUCUUAACUAACUGAGUGGAGACAAGAGAUCCAAUACUUGAAGCAGAACUCACUUUGAUUCUACCGUACACAUUGAUUGGUUCGAAAAUAAUCUCAAUUUUACGACAAAUCUGGUCCGAUGGCUCUUCUCCACUAACCACAAGGAUAUAGGGACUCUUUAUUUCAUCUUCGGUGCAACCGGAUGUCCAGAUAAGUAGCUUCUUUGACACGGCUGUGCUUAUGCGAUCCUGGAGGAUCGAGCCGAAGGAUGCAAAUAAAUCUAACUCGCCCUCGCGACCAUAAAAAAUGACUUUGUACAUGGAAAUGAUUUUCUCCUCUGUGGAGGCGCACAUUUCCAAGUUGAGGACAUUUCGCUCGUUCUUUUCCUCUGUGCAUCUCUGUAAUGGGUAAAUCCCCAUGAAAAAGGGGCAACUUUCGUGUAGUUUGUGAUUGGAUGUAACUGAUCAUGACAGGACUCGAGGAAGAAGCCCCGGCUAACUCCGUGCCAGCAGCCGCGGUAAGACGGGGGGGGGGGGGGGGGGGGGGGGGGGGGGGGGGGGGGGCAAGUGUUCUUCGGAAUGACUGGGCGUAAAGGGCACGUAGGCGGUGAAUCGGGUUGAAAGUGAAAGUCGCCAAAAACUGGCGGAAUGCUCUCGAAACCAAUUCACUUGCUGGAGACGGUUCUUUCUGUAUCUUCGGCUUCCUCUUCUUCUGUAGCUUCUUUUUCGUCUUCUCCUCCUUCUGUGUCUACUUAUAGCAUUAGUAACUUUUUUUGAAGUGUUAUUUAACUCGUUCGAUGUGAAGCCCUGGGACACCUGUAUGAAGCAUCUCCUCUCGGGAUUCACCGGACUUCGUAGCUUGAAACAACCAGUCCUUUUCCUUUUUCCUAUGCGCUGGAUCGAUGGGAGGCAGGUGCUCCCAAAAGGCAUCCAGGGUUUGCUGCCGUCGCUAUCCAUGUUUUGAAUUUCUUUAUCUAUUUUUUAAAGUAUUUCAGCAGUCGCUGGAUCCAUCUCCAUGGGGCCUUCAAGCAUCCGAAAUACGCCGGGGUUGUAAAUGACAUAGCGCUCCUGAUAGAAAAGGACGACUCCUUCAUAAAAACGAAGUUAUUUAAGUUCUUUUUCCCAAAGAAGUCCCGCUCCGACGGCUCGAACACCACCAGGAGCGGUCUUCUCCCUGAUUUGAUCAGACAGACCGCUCUUAGAAAGAUGAAACAAAAGCAAACUCUCAUAGUUCUCCGCCCAGCUCCAACUACUUCUUCGUAAGUGAGGUGAGGUACUUCUUUCGGUUUGAAUAGGGGUCGCCCUUUUUUGGUUGAAGCAGCCACGACUUUGGUCGUAGUCUGUAUCAACUGGCUGAAAUGCUAACCUAGGGCUCGGACUGGUUACUACAUAGCCCUUUCACCAAUAAGCGAUUGGCGGAUGGUGCUGGACCCGUAAGACUCGCUAUCGACUACUCAGAAAAUAAAACUAAACACUUAUAGAUUCGAAGGCUUCAACCGCUGUUAGGACCGACUACCGGACUGAUAGAAUGGAAUGAUAGAGCGAGAAAGGUAGGUUUAGGACUAUGAUCUGAAAGCUGACUGCCUGUCUUGAAUGUAUCUAUGGACGAGCCUUGAAAAAGCCUAUUUUUUAUUAGUUUCUCCGGUAUAGGAGAAUUAAAAACUUUAUAAUUGUGGCUUGUCUAUUAGUGUAAAUGGGCCGAUGAGCUUUAGCCCCUGGGCGGGAUCAAACAAUUCUCUUUUCGAAGCCGUCCAUUAACUAAAAAAGGCUUUCGGGUAUGAAUCUCUCUCGUUACACUGACGUUUGGCAAGACGGACUAGGCUAAGGACAGCUUAUGCUUCGCCAGAAUCUCUUCUUCCUGCUAACGAGCCAUCCUUUGCUAGCUAGGGAAUGCUUUCUCAAUCCUUUGUUUGAAAGGUCCGCUCUCUUCGGGCAGGGCGGGGCUACGAUUGGCAAAGUCCUAACCUCCGAGAUCCACCACAGCUCUACUCAACCUGAUGUCUGGUUUCGCACCUUCUUGAUUGCGCAGAAAUUUGCGUAUGUAGGGAUGACCGAGAACCAGCUGGAGGACUCCAUCUAACUCAGAAGGUCAAAGAAAACGCUUUCUAGUCCAGAUAGUCCAGUCCGAUUCCCUAUGUCACUUAGAUGGAAUGCUCCAUGCCGCCCCCGAAGUUAGCUUGAAUCGUCUCUCUUCUUAAGCCAGAUGUGAGGAAAACAACCACAGCUUGUAGCUGCGGUAUAAAUAGUUACGCUAAUCCAAUAUAAAUUGUAGACUAGAGUUACACCAAUCGAAUAUAGUCUACAAGGCAGAGUAGGUAGGGGCAGCACUUUCGAGAACGAGAAGGAAGGUAGUAAUUCGAGAAGAAUUUCGGUAGGCGGUAGACAGUAGAAUGAUAAGGAAUCCCGUUGCCAGUUGUACCUGUACCGGUUACUACAACUGGCUGAAAUGCUAGUUGUAGUAACCUAGAGAGAUGGCCGUAUCUCUUUGAUGAAUGUGGAUCGAGGUUCGGUUCAUUUUGUAAUACGGAAUCAUCUCCAAAGAUCUCUGUCAGAGCAGGCAUAUGCCAAACGUGAAUACCCCCCGAAGCUACGGGUAGGACGCCUGGUAGAGAGACCCAAUCACCGUGGGCCAUCGGCAAACAUGCAGUGCUGCCGGAAAACUAUGUUGAUUGCCGCCGCCCAUCGGAGUUGAAGUUCGACAGGCUGCUGAUCUGGGUAUAGUUGCAGUAGACUCGCCGACGCAAGCAUCCGAUCGAGCCUCACUUUAAUAUUUGCUUCCCCCUCUUCCCGAUGACCGUGAGUUAUCAUUUCAUAGUUUUGCUACAGAUGAUACACGAGGAAUCUUUUUAUGGCGGUUCUUCCUUCUAAUGACCGGCAUAUCUAUGAUUCUUUUCUUCCAGAUGAAGCAGCAGGCAUCGGUCCGUAGAACCUAUAAAAAAGAGAUGGUUGUGGCGCGAAGUACUCUUGUGCACCUACGUAAUCAGGUUGAGGAACAACAAGCUGGUAAGGUUUUGCGCGUUGUAUCGAAUUAAACCACAUGCUCCACCGCUUGUGCAGGCCCCCGUCAAUUCCUUUGAGUUUCGGUCUUGCGACCGUACUCCCCAGGCGGAGUGUUUCACGCGUUAGCUGGGCCCCUGAUCCGCGUAGACCAAGAGCGAACACUCAUCGUUUACGGCAUGGACUACCAGGGUAUCUAAUCCCGUUCGCUCCCCAUAGUUAGAUCGCACUGAAAGCGAUCUACGAUUUAAAAAAAUCCAAACUAAAACGCAAAAGAAAAACUAAAAGUAAAAAGCAACUCUGGCACGCGGGCCCCGCCAGUCCACUCUCCCUCCUCUUUUUGUCCUGUCGUGGGGGGAACUCAUCCAAAACCACCCAAAAAACCCUUUUUCCCCUCUUUUUCAACCCCCCACUAUAGCCCCAUAUGCAAAAGAUUCUUCUUUUCCUUCUUCCCACCCCAUAGUGGGUGGUCUUAGGCCAAGUCCAAUGCAAAACCCCAAAUAUGGGGGCCUUGCCCCAAAUUUGGGGAUUGAACCCCAUUUUCCCUUCUUUUGCUCCAAUGCAACAAACUCCAUAUUUAGGUUCUUAAUAUUUCCAUUUUUUCCCAUUUAUUUAAAAAUGUACUUAUCGAAACUUUAAUAUAAUUUGUUCAUGUUAAUUUUUGUAUAGUUCGUCAUCAUUUUUAAAUACAAAUUUUUCGAUAGAAUUUUGUUAAAUUUCGAGACCGAAUUUAUUUUGUAAUUUACGAACGCAUUUUCAUUUCAAUAAUAUAAUUUCCAUUCUUAGUUCGAUCUAAUUUUUGUUUGCACACAACUUAAAGAUGAUAAACAUAAAUUUUAAAUAAAAUGAAUUCAAUUUAAGUCA